AUGGCGUCUUACUCUUCCGAGGGGGACAUUGCCUGUGAGCCCCAAAUAAGCCAGGCGACAGAAAUUGAACUAGAUGAUAAAAGCGCAGGAGAAAGUAGCGUUGUCCGCCCGUUGACUUCGUCUCCUCGGCCACUGAAAGCAGCACAGCGGGAGACGAAGCGCGGGCCGAUGGAGUCGGAGGAGGUUGAAGAAGCGCAUGAUCUGCCGCCUGUUUACGUGUCGGCUGUCAAAUUCACCCCAGAGAGUAGGAUGAACCUGUACUGCGAUCAGAUUUUAGCUUCUUGUAAGGCAGAAGAAGCAGAUGAAGCUAUGAACAAGUACCUCGCUGAAAAGCUACAUGCAAGAAGUACAUGGUUAGGAGUAUGGAAAACAAAUCCUGAGUUUUUCUUUGUAAAGUAUGAUGAAGGAUCUAUACCAUUUGUUGGUGUUUUGGUUGAGGUUACAUGCAAGCCACAACAGAGCCAAUCUUCUCAUCUGCGAGCUACAGUAUCAGUUACAGAACCAUAUUCUUCUAAUAUUGCUAAUUUACCAAGAGAACUUGUUGAGGAAGUUUUGGAUGAGUUAGACCACUGUGUCCCAUUGUUGGAAGUUUAUCCAAUAGAUGAUCAGGAUUCUGCUGUUUGCAGCAUUGCUCAAGCUCUGGAAAAUGUUAGAUUCUUUUAUGACUUUCUGUGGAGAGAUUGGGAUGAUGAAGAGGGCUGUGAAAAUUACACCGCACUGAUAGAGGAACGUAUACGUUUAUUUUAUGAUAUUCAAGAUGGUACAAUACCAGGCCCUGUAGGCCAACGUUUUAAAAGAACACUGGAAAAAUAUAGAAACAAACGUGUAGAGCUGAUUGAGUACCAGAGCAAUAUAAGAGAAGAUCCAUCAGCAGCUGAAGCAGUGGAAUGUUGGAAAAAAUACUAUGAAAUCCGAAUGAUUUGUGGAUUAUUAAAAAUCUGGGAAGAUUUGCGUCUUAGAGCACAUGGACCUUUUUUCCCACGAAUACUGCGACGUAGGAAAGGGCAAAGACCAUCUGGAAAAAUUGUGACUCAUAUUGUGGCAAACAUGAUGACAGCUGACAUGGUUAAAGAUUUCUCUGCUAAUACGCUAAUCCAACAACAUGAUAACUUAGACGCAUCCUUGGAUAAUUGUUUCAGUGGUGACACAGUAGUUAUUUUUCCAGGGGAGUAUUAUGCUUCAGGAUUUGGAAUGCUAACAGACGAUAUCAUUAUAAGAGGAGCUGGAAGCCGUGAAGAAAUCAUAAUCUUUUCAGACCCUACACAAGACAAUUUUGUGGCAUCUAAAUCCCAAAACAUUAGCUUAAUUCACCUUACUUUAGUACAGAGGGGAACUACUGACGGCAUUGUGGUAGUAGAAUCAGGUCACAUGACACUUGAAGAUUGUCUUUUGAAAUGCGAAGGCACUGGUGUUUGUGUUCUCACAGGAGCAGCAUUAACCAUGAAAAACUGUGAAUUGACAGGAGCUCAGGGGCCAGGAGUUGAGCUAUAUCCGGGAAGUGUUGCUUUUUUGGAAGGAAAUGAUAUACACAAAUGCAGUAAUAUUAAAAGUUCUGAUGUCCUCAAGAACAUGUUAGGUGGAAUUAAACUGAAGGUUCUGCCACCACCGAAACUGAAGCUCCAUAAUAAUUAUGUUCAUUCCAAUAAUGGCUAUGGUGUUACCAUAAUACAGCCAGAUGAUAGACAUUGCCAUGAUGCAGAUGAGGAUGUACUGGAAUGUGCUGCAGGAGGUGAUAAAAGAGACGAUCUUGUGAAAGCAAUGCAGAAUAUGAGUCUUGAAAUGAACAAUAAUAAAUUUGAAAACAACUCAAUGGGAGAAAUAGGUGUAAUUGUUUGUUAA